GAGGCCCUAGGUGGUCAGGCUAGUAGGCGGAGGGAGACCGUAAAUGUCAGCGGAAGCUGUGAAGAAGCGUCCCCUCGGGGUAGCAGCGUUUGAGGAGGACUCUGCGGCCUUGAUAGAACAACACGACGUAGCGCGCGGCCUGGAGAACUUGCCUGUGACACUGUGGCCUCCGGGGGUGGGGCCCAGGCCUAAGCCUUUCCAGUAUGCUCCUGAUCAUGUAGCGGGGCCUGGAGCAGACAUCGACCCCACACAAAUAACCUUUCCUGGAUGUGCUUGCAUCAAAACGCUGUGUGCCCCUGGCACUUGUUCCUGUCUCCGCCACGAGAAUAACUAUGAUGACAAUUUAUGCCUUAGGGACAUGGGAUUGGAAGCAGAGUAUGCCAAGCCAGUUUUUGAAUGCAACGUCCUGUGCCAGUGUGGUGAUCAGUGUAGAAAUAGGGUGGUCCAGAGUGGUCUGCAGUUCCUUCUCCAGGUGUUCCAGACAGAUAAAAAAGGCUGGGGGCUUCGGACCUUGGAAUCCAUACCCAAGGGAAGAUUUGUCUGUGAGUAUGCUGGAGAGGUUUUAGGAUUUUCUGAAGCACAGAGAAGAAUUCGUCUACAAACAACACAUGACCCAAAUUACAUCAUUGCUGUCAGGGAGCACAUUUACAGUGGACAGGUCAUGGAAACUUUUGUCGACCCUACCUACAUCGGAAAUAUUGGGAGAUUCCUGAAUCACUCUUGUGAGCCAAAUCUGUUGAUGAUUCCUGUCCGAAUUGACUCAAUGGUACCUAAGCUGGCCCUUUUUGCAGCUAAAAACAUUUUGCCAGGAGAAGAACUCUCUUAUGACUAUUCAGGAAGAUUUCUUAAUCAAACAAGCAGUAAAGACAAGGAAAGGAUAGAUCACGGACAACCAAGAAAGCUUUGUUACUGUGGUGCCCAGUCAUGUGCCACUUUUCUGCCCUAUGACAGUUCACUAUAUUCAGGCACCAGUUAGGAAGGGAGGUCCUACCUGCUGGCCUUUCCAUGGACAGAAGUCAGAGGGAAUCAAGUAUUAAGUGACUCAGCUGCAUCUGGGUCCGCCUCCUGCAAGCAGCCUACUCUCAGGGGAUGCGUACCUUGUCCAUCCCUGUAAGAAAAACCAGGGGUUACCUGGCCCUGCUUCUACUCAGCAACACGGCCCAGACUGUAAAAUGUCUGAUAAUACCCUUUCUCCCAGAAUACAUGAUUUUGUAGCUGAAGGUGGGUAAGUGACUGUGUUCAAACUAGCAGGCUACAAGUGGAAAUGAUAAAUCCUUGUGCAUCGUCUUGUAUUUCUUCUUGAAAACCAGAACUCCUACUUGAUGGCUGGAGUUUUAGCAGCCAUCCUAAAUAGUGGGAAAGGGCCAUGCAGAGCAGAUCAACAAGAUUUCUUCUACUGUAGAAAAUGCUGCUAGUACUGGCCUGAUGCCUCUGCCCUCGUAAGUGAGAAGCCAACAAUGUUAAGCCACUGUUGCCUCUCAUUUGAGCAAACCUUAUCAUGAUUCAAGAUGACCUCAGCCUUGCCUCCUGGCUAGUUUUGUCAGUAAUAAAGCUGUUUUGUUUUUCUGUC